CUUAAAUCGCAUGUUUACAAACGUUUUAACUUAUACGUGAAUCGAUACAAAGGUGAUCUAUGGACAUGCGCAGUGGAUGAAAUGAAUUUACUUCCUUGUUGGUUUAAAAGAUCAACAGAAUAAAGAUGGAGGUACCCGGGAAGAAGCGUGACCCUGACCUUGACAAGGGUUCCACUGACGCCACGGUCUACUGCCAGCCGUGUGGAGAAGGGGGUAAACGCGCUGUGGCCCAGGGCUUCUGUCAGACAUGCGAGGAGUACAUGUGCGCUCCCUGUGUCGAGUACCAUAAGAGAUUGAAGAUGUCCAGGAACCAUAUUUUGCUGUCCAAAGAUAAGAUGCCCUCCUUCUACCCGUCAACGAAGAAAUCAGCUAUCGCCGACACGGAUUAUUGUAACAACCAUCCGAAGGAGAUGAUCAAGUUUUAUUGCCCGACCCAUGGAAACCUUGGCUGUGGUGAUUGUGUCGUACUCGACCAUCGCAGCUGUUAAGUUG